UUUAUUCAACUACAUAUAUUCCAAAACAACUAUAAACAAUCAUGAUCUCUAAGUUACCAGUCGAACUAAAGUUGGCGGUAUUGGAGCUAAGUCCCAACCUUAGAUAUGCAAAUACUGAGUUUUACAUCCUUUAUAAUGAAUUAUUCAAGAUGAAGACACUCCAUUUGGUUGGUGAUGAACCUUUAAUCAAGAUUUCCAAACUAUUACAAUUCUUCUCUUCAACUUUUGAGUUUUGGAAUGGUGCUUUAACUAAACUUUACAGACCUGAUUUGAAUUGGGUACUAAUUUACUCAUUAUUGAAGAAUCGAAAGAUUUUCUUCCAAAAAGAAGAUUUUGUUAUCCAAGCGGAUCAAAAUAACAUUGAGCAAGAGCUUGAUACUGAAUAUGUUCAUUUACAAGAUGUUCACGCAUUCCAUUAUCAUAAAAUUGUUUUACUACCCAAUGGGAACUAUAAUUUCCAAGUUGCUUUAAGAAAUCUACAUUCUUCAAGAGGGUUAGGAACUACAAGGUUCCAAUUAAAUUAUUUGGAUGAAUCAUUUACAGCAUAUCCACCAAGUGUGAUCAAUGAAAUAUUACCAAAAUCCCAAUUAAGUGUGAUGAACUUGGGCGAAUUUACCAUAAACAAUCCUGAAGAUGCCCUGACAGAAGUUGAAAUCAUAAUUGAAGAAAUUGGAAUGUACCCGAAAUGUGACUUGAUUUUUGAUUACCUUGAUUUCAAACCAAUUAACUGUGACUAUCUAUACUAUACAAUUCCUGGUGACCCAUUCAAAGAGUAUAACAAAUUUGUGAACAAGGUUGAAAAAGCUUGUCAUCUUGCUAUUGAUGAGAUUUGGAAUCAUCCAGAAUCCCCAGAUGUUUCACCAGUAGACUCUUUAGAGUCUUUCAAUGAAAUAGUGGACCAGGAUGAUGAUGAAUUACACUCUUUGAAAAAGUACUCCAAAGAGUUUUACACAAAAUGUUCAAGAUCUGUCAAGAUGUAUUAUCCAAGCGAUCAACGUCAUUUUAGAGAGAAAAAAACCGGGAAACUUUUGGACUGGAGAGUACCACUUUUGAGAUGA